GCUCGGAUAAAGCCUUGUUGAAUAAUUCCCACAGUUAUCGUUUUUGCUCUUUAAGGGCUUAAAUUUUGUUUAUGGAAAGGAAAAGAGUAUUAUACUUUUUAUUUGUAAAUUCUAAACCAUCCUCUUUUCAGUUUCAGUCCUCCAAUUUGAGACGUUAACCCGUAUCAUACAUAUGUUUGAGCUCCUGCGUUUGAAGGCUUGAAAUUUCUGGGAAUCUAGGACGAAAAGUCGGAUUGCUAUAUUACAACCAUCAGAUUCAGUAAUUCAGUAGAAGGGUUAAUAUGGAAGGAGAGAAACCGAUAAAAGUCUCUUUGGUCGCUCCUCUGACCUUCUUCCUCGUCGUCGUCUUCCAGUUGCUAUCCAAGUGGCUUGACCAAUUGAAGAAGAAAGGGUCGAGGAACACCAAGGAAGCAGAGCUGCGAUCCGAAAUUAAGCAGCUUUUGAAAGAGGCCAGUGCAUUGUCUCAGCCGGCCACGUUUGCGCAAGCGGCAAAACUUAGGAGGUCGGCAGCUACUAAAGAGAAAGAACUUGCACAAUAUUUGGAGCAGCAUAACAAAGAAAGUAAACUGUCAUACGAUCGGUAUGGAAAGAUUUUGCUUGCUUCAAAGGUUGUGGUAUACCUGAUCUUAGUAUUUUGGUUCUGGAGGACUCCAAUUGCCAUUAUAGCUAAGCAGCUUGUUCAACCGUUUGGGAAUUUGUUAUCUUGGGGAACAGGAGGUCGCUUGACAGGCCAUGUGAUGGUUGGAAUCAUACCGUGGCUAAUACUCUCAACCAGAGUAAGCAAAUAUGUGAGUAGGUUCGUGGAGUUCUAAUUGGAUUUUAAAUAGCCUUUUAGGAGACCCUUGUGGCAGAAUUGUGCCUUUUCUCCUCAUCUUCCCUUGACAAUUUCUUUGUACAUUAUAUGAAUCUUAUUCUCCGGUUUGUGUUGGAAUUUUACCAAUAACAGUUAA